GUUUUCACGUGCUAACGAGAGAAAAUUUGAAAAAAAAUGGGACGUAAGAGACCUGCCGAAAAAAGUCUUCACAAAACCGAAGGGAAAAAGUCCAAGAAAAAACAAAAUAAGAAAGACACACCAAUUCUAAAAAAGGAAAAAAAACUUGAUUUGAUCCAAGAUAGUGACAGUGAUGAACAGGAUGAAAUUUUUGAAAAGUUGAAAGAUGGAGGUGAUGAAAAUGAUUCACCCAACCAUAGUGACGAUGAUGAUGUUGGUGAUUUACCCACUGACAGUAAAGAUGAUGAAGAAGAUGGUGGCGAACACAUGGAUGAUGAUGAAGAAGAUAUGGAUGGUAAUGAUGAGCCAUUAGAUGAGUUUGAUGAUGAUAGUGAUGACGAUGAUGAUGAAGAAGAGGAAGUAGAUAGUGAUAAUGAAGAGCUUUUGCCAAUUGAGAGAAAGGCGAGAAAGUUGUUGCAGCAUCAGCAGGAAAACAAGAGGCAGGCUGAUGAGUCAUUGAUAACAAAUAUUGUCUCUGAAACCUCUGAUAAUAUCAUCCAGUGUGGCAACGAAAUUGUCAACGCUAAUGCCACCAGUUUAGUGGCAGUGAAGCAGAGGAUGAUUGAGACAAAGGAAAUUCUAAGUGAUUUUAAAAACAAAAGAGAGCCAGGAAAAAAGAGGAAAGAAUACAUUGAGCAGUUGAUAAGGGAUCUCUGUUUUUGCUAUGGAUACAAUGAGUUUCUCAUGGUCAAGUUGUUUGAUCUGUUCCCAGAUGAGAUUGUUGAAUAUCUUGAGGCAGCCAACAUGCCCAGGCCAGAAACCAUUAGAACCAACACUCUAAAAACUAGAAGGAGAGAUCUUGCUAAAGCUUUGAUCAGCAGAGGUGUCAACGUGGAUCAGGUGACGUGGUCCAAAGUUGGCCUCAUAGUAUCUGACAUCAAACGAACGAAGGAUCAACAUGUUACUAUAGGAGCCACACCCGAGUACCUGGCCGGCCACUACAUGCUGCAAGGGGCCUCAAGUUUCCUACCAUGCAUGUCACUUGCACCACAAGAGAAUGAGUUGGUCCUCGACAUGGCUGCGGCUCCUGGUGGCAAGUCCACACACCUUGCACAACUGAUGAAGAACACAGGAUGCUUAGUGGUGAACGACGCAAACAAGGAGCGUGUGAAGGCAGUCGUUGGCAACUUGCACAGGAUGGGCGUCGUCAAUUCUGUUAUCAGUAACGUCGAUGGCAGAAAGUUACCAAAGAUGAUGACAGGAUUUGAUAGAGUUCUCCUGGAUGCACCAUGCACAGGUACAGGAGUUGUAUCCAAACAUCCCAGUGUUAAAGUUUCAAAGGAUGAGAAGGAUGUACAGAGGUGCAGUCAUCUGCAGAGAGAUCUGUUGCUAGCCGCGAUUGACUGCUGCAAUGCCAAGUCAUCAACUGGCGGAUACAUCGUAUACUCAACGUGCUCUGUCUUGGUUGAAGAGAACGAGGCAGUUGUGAAUUUCGCAUUAAAAAAACGUUCCGUGAAAAUAGUCGAGACAGGGCUGAAUUUUGGAACAAAUGGAAUUGUCAAUUUUAAAGGGAACAGAUUCCACCCAUCCGUCGGUCUCUGCAAACGUUUCUACCCACAUACACAUAACUUAGAUGGAUUUUUUGUCUGCAAACUCAAAAAAUAUUCCAACAAACUUCCAGUUAAAAAAACUGAUGAAGAUGACGACGAAAAGGUGACGAAAAAGAUGGUGAAGAAACAAAAAAUUAAUUUAUCUGUUAACUGAUUUGAAUUAUAAAAUUUAUUCACUAUUUUAUUAUAAAUAUAAUGUAAAAAUUUGUUUUAAUGGAAUGUAUAUUGAUUAGUAUAAAUAAAAAAA